AUGAUAUUCUCCAGCGAGGAUCAGAUCAAGCGCGCGUACCGCAAGCUAGCGCUCAAGUUCCACCCGGACAAGAACCCCGGAGAUGAGGAAGCAAAGAAGCGGUUCCAGGAGAUUGGCAACGCAUAUGAGGUUCUCUCAGACGGUGAGAAGCGGCGGAUCUACGACCAGCACGGCGAGGAGGGCGUGAAGCAGCACAGCGCUCAGCAAGCAGCUGGGGGUGGCCAGGACAUCUUCUCACAAUUCUUUGGCGGGUUUGGAGGGUUCGGGCAGCAGCAGGAGGAGGAAGAGCAGGCCCCAAAGGGCGACACAGUCACAGUGGACCUCGAGGCGUCGCUAGAGGACCUGUACAACGGCAGGUCGUUUCAGGUGUGGCGAGACAAGAACGUGGUGCGAUCGGCGCCCGGCAAGCGCAAGUGCAACUGCAAGGCGCGCAUGGUGACGAGGCAGAUCGCCCCGGGCAUGUUCCAGCAGUUCACCCAGCAGGAAUGUCAGGAGUGCCCGAACGUGAAGUACGAGCGCGAGGGCAUGCCCAUCGACGUGGACAUUGAGAAGGGCAUGAAGGACGGGCAGGAGAUCACCUUCUACGAGGAGGGAGAGCCCGUCAUGGAUGGCGAUCCUGGUGACCUCAAGUUGGUGAUCAAGACGCGGCCGCACAAGCAGUUUGAACGGAGAGGGGACGACCUCCACAUGAACCUCACCAUCUCCCUCGUGGAUGCUCUCGUGGGCUUUAAGCACUCCAUCACUCACCUCGACAAUCACCUCGUGGAAAUCGGCACCUCUUCCUCCUCCGUCCUCCGCUCUUCUCCGCUCUCUCCGCCCUCCUCCGCGCUCCCCCGCUCUCCUCCGCUCUCAUCCGCUCUUCUCCGCUCUCCUCCGCUCUCCUCCACUCUCCUCCGCUCUCCUCCGCCCUCCUCCGCGCUUCCCCGCUCUUCUCCGCUAUUCUCCUCUGCUGCUGUUGCCUCAGUUGUCAUUUCCUUUCCUGGUUUUGCAUCUUCUGCUUCUGCGUUCCGUGUGUUCUGGCAGCAAGUGCGUCUGGACUACGUGUUGGCGGAUGGGGUGUUUGCCCGAGCAGAUGUGAAAAAUGUUGACUCGGUGUGCCUGUGGCUGGGGCCGAAUGUCAUGGUGGAGUAA